ACUUUGCUUGGCCCCUUUUCUCCUUCUUUUAUGUCUCGGGGAUGGGAAUUCCAGGCUCUGCCCCUCGGUACUAGCGCUCCCAACUCCUCACAGCAUUGUCUCAGCACUCAUUCUAUAUGUGUGUCACAUCCCAGCCCCUUCUCCCCUUCUCCUCCUCCUCCUCCUCCUCCCAUGCUGCCCUUCCCCCAGCCUUCACUCUGCCCCAGCUCCAAUUCACAUUUUCCCCCAUAGCACAUGAGUAAGGUGACGGCAAGUUUCCCAAGCAGCCUGUCCCCCACUGACAACUUAACUGCCCCCUUUACCAGCUUGGGGGGCAAAGCCUGACGCUUUCUAUUUUUUGGCAUUAUUUUUUUUUUUCCUAUUUAUUGGUUUGAAGUAAAAUGCUGCGGAGCUAAGUGAGCUUGGUGGGUUCUAUUCUGGUUACCUUGGUAGCGUAUAGCUGGAGGAUGGAGGGGCUUGACUGAGAGGUUUUGCGGAGGCAAUUCUGCCCCAUAGAGGAUGUGCACUCAUGGCUUGGACAUUAGGGUCUGUCACUUACAGUAGUGCCAAGGAUGAAAACAUGAGGGAAUGGCUAUGAAAAUGGACAUCUUGGGAGGCACAGUGGCCUCUCAUUCCAGCAUUGGCCUGUUGUUCCUAAAUCUGCUUUGCCACCUCUGCCUAUGCGAUGGUCUCCAAGGAUCCUCGGCUCAGAUCUUUCAGUUUACCCACCCCGUUUACAAUGCGACGGUUUACGAGAAUUCGGCUGCAAGGACCUAUCUCAACAGUCAAACCAAAAUUGGCAUUAAGUUAGCCAACAUUUCGUGGGAUAUCAAAUAUAGGAUCAUGUCAGGGGACGAGGAAGGGUUCUUCAAAGCAGAAGAAGUUGUCAUUGGAGACUUUUGCUUUUUAAGAAUUAGAACAAAAGGUGGGAACUCCGCUAUACUGAACAGAGAAAUCCAGGACAACUAUUUAUUAACAAUAAAGGCUUCGGUGAGAGGAGAAGACCUAGAAGCUUGGACAAAAGUAAGUGUACAAGUCUUGGACAUGAAUGACUUAAGACCUUUAUUCUCCCCCACAACAUACUCUGUGACAAUAGCAGAAAGUACUCCAAUACGGACUAGCAUUGCCCAAGUUACAGCCACCGAUGCCGAUAUUGGAUCCAAUGGGGAAUUCUAUUAUUAUUUCAAGAACAAAGUAGAUCUGUUCUCUGUUCAUCCCACUAGCGGAGUCGUGUCACUGAGCGGACGUUUGAAUUAUGAUGAAAAAAACAGAUACGACCUGGAGGUCUUGGCUGUAGACCGUGGCAUGAAACUGUAUGGGAACAAUGGCGUCAGCAGCACCGCUAAACUCUACGUUCAUAUUGAACGUAUUAAUGAACACGCUCCCACAGUCACUGUGGUGAGCCACAUUCCUUCAGUUCUUGACACUGAUCCAACCUAUGCCGUUGUUACCAUCGAUGACGCUGACGAGGGAGCUAAUGGUGAGAUUGAAGCCAUAACGAUACUAACAGGCGAUCCACUAGAUCAGUUUAUAUUGGUCAAAGAGGGAAAAUGGAUUAACGAGUAUAAAAUAAAACAAAAAGCUCCCAUUGAAUGGGACAGUUUUCCAUUUGGCCACAACAUUACUCUACAAGCAAGAGACAAAGGAUCACCUCAAAAGUUUUCCGACAUUAAAAAAGUGCAUAUCCCUAGCCCCAAAAAAGAUGUGGAGAAGUCUAAGUUUGAAAAAGAUGUCUAUGAAGUUACAGUCAGUGAAUUCUCCCCUCCUGGAGUUGCAGUAGCGGUGGUGAAAGUCCAACCCGAGCCCAUCUCUGUGGAAUACAGUAUAUCUGAAAGUCAACACUCGGAAUAUUUCAAGAUCAAUGCCAGGACAGGAUUAAUUACCACCGCUCGCCAUCUAAACAUCUAUGGGAUAGACAAAUAUGAACUGGAGGUCAAACAAAAAGGCAACGAUGUGUCAGCUCAGGUCAUUGUGAGGUUGGAAGAUGCCAAUGAUAACAUUCCAGAGUUCCAACAAGCCUUCUAUGAGGCAUUUGUCAAUGAAAGUGUUCCCGUUGGCACUAGCGUUUUAACGAUUUCAGCCUUCGACAAAGACUUAGGAGAAAACGGUUACAUCACCUACAACAUUGCAAGCUUGAAUGUGCUGCCAUUUACCAUAAACCAGUUUACUGGAACAAUUAGUACGUCUGAUGUUUUGGAUUUUGAAUCCUCUCCCGAAAGCUACAGGUUCAUUGUGAGAGCAUCGGACUGGGGGUCCCCAUACCGCCACGAGAGUGAAGUAAAUGUUACCGUACAUGUAGGCAACGUUAAUGACAAUAAGCCAUUGUUUGAAAAAGUAGCUUGUCAGGGAGUUAUACCUUUUGACUUUCCAACGGGCGGGCACAUAACUGCCGUCUCAGCCAUAGACGUAGAUGAACUGGAACUUGUUAAGUAUAAAAUCAUUUCUGGAAAUGAACAAGGAUACUUCUACUUAAAUCCAGAUUCUGGGGUUUUACAGCUUAAAAAAUCUUUUAUCAACUCUGGUCUGAGAAACAGUAACUUUGCCCUGAGGAUCACUGCGACUGAUGGUGAAACCUUUGCAGAUCCUAUGUACGUUAAUAUAACUGUUGUACAUGGCAAGGUAUCUUCUAAGAGUUUUAUUUGUAAAGAAACCAGAGUGGCCCAAAAAUUAGCUGAAAAACUUCUGAAAAAAACCAAAGCCAACGCCAAGUUGAAUUAUGAAGAUAGUUUGUUCGAUUACUACUCUAUAAACAGGCAGCCUCCUCAGUUCGAUAAAUCCUUCCCUUCAGAUGUGUCUGUGAAAGAGGACCUUCCUGUGGGAUCUCCCAUACUUCUCAUCAGAGCCACCGAUGCAGAUUCUGGGUUUAAUGGAAAGGUUCUUUACACCAUAUCUGAUGGCAACAUGGACAGUUGUUUCAACAUUGACAUGGAAACUGGGCAACUCAAAGUCAUGAUGCCGAUGGAUCGAGAAACCACUGAUAGGUAUAUACUUAAUAUUACGGUUUACGAUUUAGGUAAUCCGCAGAGGUCUUCAUGGCGGUUGUUGACCAUACAUGUCAACGAUGCAAAUGAUAACAGCCCGGUGUUCUUAGAAGGAAGUUAUUCAGCUAAUACUUUAGAAAGUACUAGUAUAGGGACGGAAUUAAUUCAAGUUGAAGCUCGAGAUAAAGAUCUUGGUCCAAAUGGGGAGGUGACUUACUCGAUUUUAACAGACACAAACAAGUUUGCAAUUAACAGCUCGAGUGGGGUUGUGUAUGUAGCAGACCAACUGGACAGGGAGCUGGUUCCAAACUACACCUUGAAAAUUGAAGCAAGAGACAAAGCAGAAAACGGGCAACAAUUAUUUUCGGUGGUUACUCUUUCAGUCUAUCUAGACGACGUCAAUGAUUGCGCCCCAGUCUUCAUACCUUCUAGUUACACUGCUAAGGUUCUUGAAGACCUUCCUGUUGGAACUGUCAUAUCAUGGUUUGAAACUCAAGAUCCCGACCUUGGCCUUGGAGGCCAAGUACGGUACUCUCUGGUAAACGACUACAACGGAAGGUUUGAAAUCGAUAAAACCAGCGGCGCCAUUCGCUUGAACAAAGAGCUGGACUACGAGAAGCAACAGUUCUACAACUUGACAGUGCGUGCCAAGGAUAAGGGACGCCCCGUGUCUCUCUCGUCUGUCUCGUUUGUGGAAGUGGAAGUAGUGGAUGUUAAUGAGAACCUCCAUACCCCUUACUUUCCUGAUUUUGCUGUCACUGGAUCUAUAAAGGAAAACUCUCGUAUUGGAACGAGCGUUUUGCAAGUUGUGGCCAAGGACGAAGACAGCGGGAGGGAUGGCGAGAUACAGUACUCCAUACGAGACGGGAGUGGCUUGGGGCGCUUUAGCAUCGAUGAAGAAACUGGGAUUAUUUACACAGCGGAUAUACUGGAUAGAGAGACAACCCAAUCAUAUUGGCUAACAAUUUACGCAACUGAUCGGGCGGUUGUCCCACUCUUCUGCACUAUAGAAGUUUACAUCGAAGUGGAAGAUGUCAAUGACAAUGCCCCUCUGACUUCAGAGCCCAUCUACUACCCAUCUGUGGUGGAGAAUUCUCCAAAAGAUGUAUCCGUUCUUCAGAUUCAAGCUGUAGAUCCGGACUCCAACUCAAGCGAUAAGUUAACUUACCGCAUCACAAGUGGGAACCCACAAAAUUUUUUCGCCAUCAAUCCAAAAACAGGCCUUAUUACCACGACUUCAAGGAAACUGGAUCGUGAACAGCAAGCAGAGCAUUUUCUGGAGGUAACAGUCAGCGAUGGGGGACCUUCCUCUAAACAGUCAACCGUUUGGCUGGUCAUCGAGGUCUUGGAUGAGAACGAUAACAAGCCUCAGUUCCCGGAGAAAGUCUAUCAGAUCAAGCUGCCUGAAAGAGACCGUAAAAAAAGAGGGGAACCCAUUUACAGAGCCUUUGCCUUCGACAAGGAUGAAGGCCCCAAUGCUGAGAUCUCUUACAGCAUCGUUGACGGGAACGAGGAUGGAAAAUUUUUUAUUGACCCUAAAACUGGCAUGGUUUCUUCCAGAAAGCAGUUUGCAGCCGGAAGUUACGACAUUCUGACAAUAAAAGCCGUAGAUAACGGGCGCCCCCAGAAAUCUUCCACCGCCCGACUGCACAUUGAAUGGAUUAAGAAACCACCACCAUCGCCUAUUCCUCUAACCUUUGACGAGCCAUUCUACAACUUCACUGUCAUGGAAAGCGACAAGGUCACUGAAAUUGUAGGCGUGGUGACCGUGCAGCCUUCAAACAUACCCCUCUGGUUUGAUGUGGAAGGUGGCAAGCAUGCACGGGAGAUGUUCUAUAUUCUGCAGACAGCUUGUGGGCACAACUGCUCAACAGAAGGUGGAAACACAGACAGCAUCUUUGACAUUGAAAAAGGAGUAGGCACCAUUGUCAUUGCAAAGCCCCUCGACGCCGAGCUCCGAUCCACGUAUAACAUGACCAUAGAGGUUACCGAUGGAACAAAUAUCGCUAGCACCCAGGUUUUUAUUAGAGUUCUUGACAAUAAUGAUAACGGCCCUGAGUUUUCCCAGUCAAAUUACAAUGCUGUUAUCUCCGAAGACAUUCUGGCAGAUACAGAAAUUUUGCACAUCAAAGCCACGGAUAAGGAUGAAACCCACAAGCUGAGUUAUAUUAUCCAUAGCAGCAUCGAUCCCGUCAGCAUGAAGAAGUUCAGAAUUGACCCCAGUACCGGCGUGCUCUAUACAGCUGAGAGGCUCGAUCAUGAAGCCCAGGCCCAUCAUAUACUCACAGUAAUGGUGAAAGACCAAGAAUUUCCUUACCGGCGUAACUUAGUUCGAGUGACCAUCACAGUGGAGGAUGCGAAUGACCACAGCCCGUACUUCACCAGCCCAUUGUACGAAGCGUCCAUAUUUGAGUCGGCUGCCAUUGGCUCAGCAGUUAUACAAGUGACGGCUCUGGACAGAGAUAAAGGGGAAAAUGCAGAGCUGAUUUACUCAAUAGAAUCAGGAAACACUGGGAACACGUUCAAAAUUGAACCCGUUUUGGGAAUCAUCAGCGUUUCCAAAGAACCUGAGAUGCCAACGUCGGGGCAGUUUGUGCUGUCGGUAAAAGUGAUUGAUCGGGGAAGCCCGCCGCUUUCUGCCGCUGCCAUUGUGAGGAUUUCCUUGACCAUGUCGGAUAAUUCUCACCCCAAGUUUACGCAGAGUGAAUAUCAGGCUGAAAUUCAUGAAAAAGUGCACAUUGGAACAUCUGUUGUCAUGGUUUCUGCCAUUAGCCAGUCGACGUUGAUUUAUGAGAUUAAAGUUGGAAAUAUGGAAGGGGCCUUUACCAUAAACCCAUACUCUGGAGUUAUAACUACCCAGAAAGCACUUGACUUUGAGAAAAUAUCCUCCUAUCAACUUACCGUUCAAGCCACUAACAUGGCUGGCAUGGCUUCCAACACCACCACGAACAUUCAGAUUCUUGAUGAGAACGAUAACGCUCCGGUUUUCCUCAGUUCCCAGUACGUUGGAAGCAUCAGUGAAGCUGCUCCCAUUAACAGCAUAGUGCGCAGCUCGGACAACAGUCCCCUAGUCAUCAAGGCAAGUGAUGCAGAUAGCAACCAGAAUGCCUUGCUUGUCUAUCAGAUUGUCGAAUCAACUGCUAAAAAGUAUUUUACAGUAGACUCCAGCACUGGCGCUAUUAGAACAAUAGCAUAUUUGGACCACGAGACUAUAUCGUUCUUCCAUUUUCACGUCCACGUAAGAGACAGUGGAAGUCCUCAGCUCACAGCAGAAAACCCUGUUCAGGUUACAAUAGAAGUAACCGAUGUCAACGACAAUCCUCCAGUAUUCACCGAGGCUGUGUUUGAGACAACAAUGCUGCUACCUACGUAUGUUGGAGUUGAAGUUCUUCAGGUUAGUGCUAGAGAUCCAGAUUCAGCAAUUCCACCAGAGUUAACGUAUUCUGUAACAGAAGGCAACAUGUACCAUUUCAUAAUCGAUUCCAUCACCGGCAUUAUUACAGUACGAAAUAGCAGUUUGUCUAAGGAUCAUUACAUGCUCAUGGUCAAAGUGUCUGAUGGGAAAUUUUAUAGCACUGCCAUUGUGACUAUAAUGGUCAAAGAAGCUCUGGACAGUGGCUUGUAUUUCACCCAAGACUUUUAUUCGACAUCAAUAGCAGAGAAUAGCACUAAUAUCACCAAGGUGGCAGUUGUGAAUGCUGUAGGCCAUCAUCUCAACGAGCCCUUAAGAUAUACAAUACUUAACCAGGGAAACAAGUUCAAGAUCAAGGCAACUUCUGGAGUCAUUCAAACCACCGGGAUAUCAUUCGAUCGAGAAGAGCAAGAGCUGUACGAGUUAGUGGUAGAAGCCAGUCGUGAAAGCGACCACUUGCGUGUUGCCCGGGUUGUUGUUAAAGUUAACAUUGAGGAUAUAAAUGACAACGCUCCUGUUUUUGUAGGCCUCCCCUACUAUGCUGCUGUACAAGUUGAUGCUGAGCCUGGGACUCUCAUAUACAAAGUAAACGCUAUUGAUAAAGAUAAAGGUAGGAACGGAGAGGUGACCUUCUUCCUACAUGACGACUACGGCCAUUUUGAAAUUGAUAAAUAUAAUGGCAGUGUCACAUUGAGUAAGACUUUUGAUUCAGAUCUGUCUAACAUAGAAUACAUGUUGCUGAUAAAUGCUAAAGAUCAGGGGGAUCCUUCUCUGUCGGCUUCAGUCGAACUCCCAGUUACUAUUGUUAACAAAGCAAUGCCGGUAUUUGCCAAAGCCUUCUAUACGGCCUCUGUAAAUGAAGAUGUGGAAAUGCACACUCCAAUUUUAAGCAUUAAUGCAACCAGCCCCGAAGGCCAAGGGAUUAUUUACACUAUUGUUGACGGCGAUCCAUACAACCAGUUUAACAUUGAUUUUGAUACUGGGGUACUAAGUGUGGUAAGCCCAUUAGAUUAUGAGCUAAACCCAUCCUUUAAACUGACAGUUAGAGCAAGUGAUUCUCUGACUAGUGCACGGGCAGAAGUUAUUGUGGACAUUAGUAUCAAUGAUGUUAACGACAAUGCCCCGGUUUUUCAGUUUCCGUCGUACAACGCAACCCUCUCCGAAAGCUCGCUCAUUGGCACGCCUGUUUUACAAGUCGUUGCUACCGAUGCAGACUCUGAAAACAAUAAGAUUAUACGAUAUCAAAUAGUCCAAGACCUUUUUAACAACACGGAUUCGUUUCACAUUGAUAGCACCAGUGGCUUAAUACUAACAGCUCGGUUGUUGGACCAUGAGGUCCUACAGCAAAGCCACCUGAAGAUCAGAGCAACGGAUAAUGGAUUCCCCUCUCUCAGUAGUGAGGUUCUGGUCACAAUCUACAUAACAGACCUGAAUGACAAUCCACCCGUAUUUAAUCAGCUGAUUUAUGAAUCCUAUGUAAGUGAACUUGCUCCCAGGGGGCACUUUGUGACCUGUGUGCAAGCAUCGGAUGCAGACAGCACCGAUGUUGAUCGACUGGAGUACAGUAUUUUAUCUGGAAAUGACCGUGUCAACUUUGUUAUGGAUAGCAAAAGUGGGGUCAUCACUCUUUCUAACCAUCGCAAACAACGGAUGGAACCAAUGCACAGCUUAAAUAUCUCUGUUUCAGAUGGGCUAUUUACAAGCACAGCUCAAGUCCAUGUCAAGAUUCUCGGCGCUAAUCUGUUCAGUCCAGUUUUCGCGCAGAGUGUCUAUGUGACAGAGGUUCGAGAAAAUGCUGCCGUCGGAACCAAAGUCAUUUAUGUAAAAGCCACCGAUGGAGACUCCGGGAUAUAUGGGCAUGUCACCUACACAAUCAUAAAUGACUUGGCCAAAAAUAGAUUCUUCAUCGACAGCUUGGGUCAGAUUGUGACCACAGAGAAACUUGAUCGAGAGAAUCCACUGGAAAGAGAUAUAAGCAUAUCUCUCAGAGCUCUUGAUGGUGGUGGAAGAGCUGCUUUCUGCACUGUGCAAGUGAUUCUGGUGGAUGAAAAUGACAAUGCCCCACAAUUCAAAGCUACAGAGUACCGUGCCAGUGUCAAAGCAGAUGUAGAAAAGGGCCACCUUGUAACACAGGUCCAAGCCAUUGACACGGAUGAUGGGGCAAACUCGAGGAUUACCUAUUCGCUCUACAGUGAGGCUUCUGUGUCAGUAGCUGAUCUGCUCGAAAUCGAUCCAGACAAUGGUUGGAUGGUUACAAAAGGAAAUUUUAACCAGCUGGAAAAUACAGUCCUUUCUUUCUUUGUAAAAGCUGUAGAUGGCGGCAUUCCAAUGAAGCACUCUCUCAUCCCCGUCUAUAUUCAUGUAGUACCUUCUGAAACCGUUUUACCGGCCUUCAUCCAACCGCAAUACACAUUUAUGGUUCCUGAAGAUUCUUUAAUCGGAACUACAAUUGGCUUAUUUCAGAUCAACCCGAUCCAAUUUGUGACAUUUAAUAUAGUCAACGGGGAACUUGCUGAAAACAACAAGAAUGGCAUUUUUGUCAUUGAUAGAGAAACGGGAGUAUUAAAGCUCGAUAAAAAAGUUGACCAUGAAUUGGUUCCUGUGUUCAUUUUCAAAGUCGCUGCGUCUGUACCCUUAGAUAUGGUUGAUAUUUUUAUAACCGUUGAUGUAGAGGUGAAGAUUUUGGAUUUAAAUGACAACAAGCCAGUAUUUGUCUCCUCCUACUAUGAAGCUGUCAUAAUGGAAGGUAUGCCCAUUGGAACUAAUAUUAUCCAAGUUAAAGCAACUGAUGCCGAUUGGGGAGCUAACGGCCAGGUAACAUAUAGUCUAGUUCCGGAAAGAGAAGAAGACAAAAUCUUGGAAACCUUUACCAUUGACUCCAACAGUGGAUGGAUUAGCACACUCAAGGACAUGGACCAUGAAAAGCAUCCUACUUACAUGUUUACAGUGGUGGCAUCUGACCUUGGAGAAACCUUGUCCCUUUCGUCAACGGCAAUUGUAUCUGUGACUGUCACUGAUGUUAAUGACAAUGGGCCUGUGUUUGAACAUGAAGUGUACAAGGGUUCUGUGAAAGAAAGCGACACCCCAGGAGAGGUGGUGGCAGUGCUCAGUACGUGGGACGAAGACACAUCUGAGGUUAACCGUCAAGUGAGCUACCAUAUCACAGGAGGGAAUCCCAAAGGGAAAUUUGCCUUGGGGUUAAUACAGAACGAAUGGAAGGUGUAUGUCAAGAGGCCUUUGGAUCGGGAGGAACAAGACCUGUAUCUUCUCAAUAUUACGGCAACUGAUGGUCUUUACGUAUCUCAGAUGGCGGUGGAGGUGAUGGUCAUUGAUGUGAAUGAUAACAGCCCAGUUUGUGAACAGGUAGCAAAUUUUGCAUCAUUUCCAGAAGACAUCCCUCCUAAUAAGAUGAUUAUGAAGAUUAGUGCCAGAGAUGCAGACAUUGGGGCCAAUGCAGAAAUCCAUUACUCUCUUCAUGGACCGGGCUCUGAUCACUUUUACUUAGACUCUGAGACCGGUGAGUUGAAAACCUUGUUGCCGUUGGACAGAGAAACAGUCCCGGUGUACAACCUGUAUGCCCGAGCCACCGACGGGGGAGGAAGAUAUUGCCAGUCUGAAAUCCGUUUAAUCCUCGAAGAUGUCAACGAUAACCCCCCUAUGUUUUCAUCAGAACAUUAUAGCGCGAGUGUCUAUGAGAACACGGUCACUAAAACGCUGCUAACGAGGGUACAGGCCAACGAUCCAGACGUCGGAAUAAAUAGAAAGGUUGUAUAUUCUCUAGUGGACUCAGCCGAUGGGCAUUUUGCCGUAGACAUGUCAUCUGGAAUCAUCAUUUUAGAGCAACCUCUUGAUCGGGAAUUACAGUCUUCUUACAACAUUACAGUAAAAGCCUCAGAUCUGAGCCCCGUCUUGACCUUGUCUUCACUUGCCUUUGUGACCAUAACAGUCCUGGAUGUUAAUGACAACCCUCCUAUAUUUGAGCGGAGAGACUAUUGGGUCACCGUUGCUGAAGACACCACGCUUGGCACCAAAGUACUGUCUGUUUUUGCCGCAAGCAAAGAUAUUGGAACAAAUGCCGAAAUAUUGUAUAGCAUUAGGUCUGGAAACGAGCAUGCACAGUUCUUCAUCAACCCAAAAACAGGAGCCAUCUCAGUGGUUAAUACCCUGGACUAUGAAAACUGCAAGCGUUUUUAUCUGGUCGUUGAGGCCACAGAUGGAGGAUCUCCCCCACUCAGCGCCGUAACGACGGUGAACAUCAAUUUAACCGAUGUUAAUGACAACGCGCCCGUGUUCAGCCAAGAGGUUUAUAGCGCAGUCAUAAGUGAGGAUGCUUCUGUUGGGGAUUCUGUCGUUAUGGUGUUUGCUGAAGACCUGGAUAGCCCCCCAAAUGGACGAAUUAGCUUUUCCAUAGUAAACGGUGAUCAAGAUAAUCAGUUCGUGGUUGAUCCGAUUGUGGGCCUUAUCAAAGUAAAGGACAAACUGGAUAGAGAAAAGGUAUCAGGCUACUCGCUCCUCGUUCAAGCCAGAGAUAGCGGCGCCCCCGCGUUGUCAUCGACAGUAACUGUGAAUAUUGACAUUUCCGAUGUUAAUGAUAACAGUCCUCAGUUUACCCCAGCAAACUACAGUGCGGUUAUCCAGGAGAACAAGCCGGUUGGCACAAGUAUUGUGCAGCUUGUAGUGACAGACAAAGACUCUUUCCACAAUGGGCCGCCUUUUGAAUUCACUAUUAUAAGUGGCAACGAAGGUGGAGAAUUUCUACUGGACCAGAGUGGGGUUUUGCGAUCAGCUGUCGUUUUCCAACACACCAUAUCAGAUGAGCAUCUUCUCUGUGUACAGGUAAAAGAUUCAGGGAAACCAGCCUUGACUUCCCAAUCCUUCCUCCAUAUCAGAGUCAUUGAGGAGAGUGUCCAUAAGCCCUCGGCUAUCCCUCUGGAGGUUUACAUUGUGACCAUGGAAGAUGACUUUCCGGGGGGCGUCAUAGGCAAGAUCCACGCCACAGAUCAGGAUAUCUAUGAUGUGCUCUCGUACAAUCUGAAGUCGGAACAGAAAAGUUUGUUUAAAGUGAACAAUCACGAUGGGAAGCUUAUUGCUCUGGGGGGACUCGAUGGAGGCAAAUACACCCUGAAUGUCUCCGUGAAUGAUGGCCGAUACCAAGUAUCGAUAGAUGUAACCGUUCACGUGGAACAGUUGCGACAAGAAAUGCUGCAAAAUGCAGUUACUAUUCGUUUUGAGAAUAUCUCUCCCGAAGACUUUGUUGGCCUUCACAUGCAUGGGUUCCGCCGCACCCUGCGCAAUGCGGUCCUGACCCAAAAGGAGGACAGCCUCUACAUUAUCAGCAUUCAGCCGGUGGCCGGAACUAACCAACUUGACAUGUUGUUUGCGGUGCAAAUGCAAAGCGGGAGCUUCUAUAAACCUGCUUAUUUGAUUCAGAAGCUUUCAAAUGCAAGGAGACAUUUGGAAAAUGUGAUCCGUAUUUCGGCUAUCUUGGAAAAGAAUUGCUCGGGAUUGGACUGUCAGGAGCAGCACUGCGAGCAGACGCUGUCUAUAGAUUCCCAUUCGCUAAUGACGUACAGCACAGCAAGGAUUAGUUUCGUCUGUCCUCGCUUUUAUAGAAAUGUGCGCUGCAUAUGCAAUGGUGGGCUUUGCCCAGGAUCUGCUGAUCCCUGUAUGAAUAAGCCGUGCCCUGAGGAUAUGCAGUGCAUUGGGUAUGAAGUGAGCCGGAGGCCUUACAUCUGUCAGUGCCCGCCGGGCAAGCUUGGCGAAUGUUCAGGACAUACCUCUCUCAGCUUCUCUGGGAACAGCUACAUCAAAUACCGGGUCUCGGAGAACAGCAAGAAGCACGAGUUCAGUUUGGCCCUGCGGAUGAGGACGCUGCAAAAUAACGCCAUUAUCAUGUACACCAGGGCCAACCCAUGCAUGAUUCUCAAGAUCGUGGACGGCAAGCUGUGGUUCCAAUUGGACUGUGGCAGCGGCCCAGGAAUCCUGGGAAUUUCUGGCCGGACGGUGAACGAUGGGAACUGGCACUCGGUUUAUCUGGAUCUCAAUGGGAACUUCACAAGCUUGUCCCUGGACGACAGUUACGUGGAGCGGCGCAAGGCCCCCUUCUACUUCCAGACCCUGAGCCCCGACAGCGCCAUUUAUUUCGGGGCGCAGGUGCAAGUGGAGAACGUCCGCAGCCUCACCGACAAGAGGAACACGCAGGUCCUGGGCGGCUUCCAGGGGUGUCUGGACUCCGUUGUCCUGAAUAACAAUGAGCUGCCCCUCCAGAACAAGCGCAGCAGCUUCGCAGAAGUGGUCGGCCUGACGGAAUUAAAGCUUGGCUGCGUUCUCUAUCCGGACGCCUGCGAGAGGAAACCCUGCCAGAACGGAGGCAGCUGUACCAACGUGCCCUCUGGUGGCUAUCAGUGCGCUUGUCCAUCUCAAUUUAUAGGGAAGAACUGUGAGUCGGAGAUCACGGCCUGCUACCCAAACCCAUGCCGGAAUGGGGGGACCUGCGACCCCAUAGGGAGCUCCUUCAUCUGCAGCUGCAGGACGGGCCUGAGGGGCUUAACGUGUGAAGAAGAUAUCAAUGAAUGUGAAAGGGAAGACUGCGAAAAUGGCGGAACUUGCGUCAACGUAUUUGGAUCGUUUUUCUGUAACUGCAGUCAUGGAUAUGUUGGACAGUACUGCGGCCUCAGACCGGUAGUAGUGCCCAAUAUACAGGCAGGUCAUUCCUACGUCGGCAAAGAAGAGCUUAUUGGCAUAGCGGUGGUGUUGUUUGUUAUCUUCGUCCUUAUCAUCCUCUUUAUUGUAUUUCGGAAGAAGGUAUUUAGGAAAAACUACUCUCGUAAUAACAUCACUCUUGUGCAAGACCCGGCCACUGCAGCCUUGCUCAACAAAACCAAUGGCAUUCAGUUUAAAAACUUGCGUAGCGGUGGAGACAGUCGGAACAUAUACCAAGAGGUUGGUCCUCCACAGGUGCCUGUUAGACCCAUGGCUUACACGCCCUGCUUUCAAAGUGAUUCAAGAAAUAACCUGGAUAAAAUGGUAGAUGGCCUUGGCGUAGAGCAUCAGGAAAUGACAACUUUUCAUCCUGAGUCUCCUCGGAUACUGACAGCUAGAAGAGGUGUGGUGGUGUGUAGUGUGGCUCCAAAUCUUCCAUCAGUGUCUCCAUGUCGGUCAGACUGUGACUCCAUCAGGAAGGGGGCCUGGGACACAGGAAAUGACUGUAAGGGGCUGGAUGCCACUGAAGAGGUGACCUGCUUUGUGGGAAGCAAUAAAGGCAGCAACUCUGAAAACCAAUCUCUAAACUCCUUUCAGUCAGAUUCGUGUGAUGAUAAUGCCUCCAUAGUGACUGUCAUACAUCUAGUCAACAAUGUUGUUGAUACUGUUGAAAAUGAAGCUUCGGUUGUGGACCAAGGACAAAAUUACAACAGAGCCUAUCAUUGGGACACGUCGGACUGGAUGCCCAACGAUCGCCUGUCUGACAUUGAAGAGGUUCCCAACUAUGAAGCAACCGAUGGAACAUCAGCUCACCAUGGAAGCACGCGAGAACUGGAAACAGAUUAUUACCUGGGUGGUUAUGACAUUGACAGUGACUACCCGCCUCCACAGCAUGAAGACUAUUUAAGCCAAGAUCAGCUUCCGCCUCCACUUCCAGAAGAUUUUCCAGAACAUUAUGACACCCUACCUAAAUCCCAGCCAGUGUCUGUGGCAAGCACACUUAGUCCUAAUUGCAGACGGCGGCCACAGUUCCAUCCCAGCCAAUACCUUCCACCCCAUCAUUUAUCCAAUGAAAUUGAGACAGCUGUUACACAACCUGGCCACUCGUUUAGUACUUUUGCUCCAGGCCCAAACCAAAAAUUGGAAAAGACAAGCACAGAUAAUGUAUCUUUAACCUUGCACAAUUCCGUGGGUGCUUCUUUAUCAGAUGUCUCAGCGAGCUGUGGGUUUGAGGAUACAGAAUUAGCCAUAAGUGACUAUGAAAGUUUGGAUGACUUCAACAUGGAUCACUCUCACAUUCCCUACAUGGAAACCCAACAUCAGACACAAGUGUAAAGAUACAUAUGACUUAGAUAUGACGAGGAGAUCGUAUAGACAAAAGUGCAAUGCAAAAAAAAAAAACGCAUAGUGUAACACUCCUUUGCCAAUGACGAUGAUGAUGAUGAUGAUCAAACAAACCCACUUGUUUGUAUCUUACAAAUAUAACUGUCGAGAGCGCAAACAGUAUUGGGUAAUAAAAUUCCUUCAUCUAAAAGGUCCAAAAGGACCUGAUUUAUUAUUUCACUUUGGGAAAAAGUCAAUUGUUGACGGUAAUAAACAUAUAAAAUAUCAAGCAUUCAUAGAAAAUUGAUGACUAAAAGCAACUGGAAGGAGUAUAAAGAUAACGCAUUACAUUAAGCACUAAGGCUGUGUAAGGACGGCCCACUUUAGAAAUGUUUACUGGAAUAGCACAAAAAUGAAAAAAAAAAAAAAUGCUUCAAUGGGUGCUGAAAAUAGAAUUUAGAAAUUGAAAGCAUUGUGUUACUUUACCCAGGAAGUCUUCUGCUCCAAGUGUUUAAUGGAUACGCUACUAACGGCGGUACUAUAUGUGUGUAUGUAUAGGACAACUAAAUGCUAGCCAUAAUAGUAUGAAUACUAUUUAAAGAAUGUGCGUGCCUUCUCCGUACUGGCUUUAUUUGGUUCAUUUGGUCCAUUUCUACUCUUUAAAAGCAAUAGGUGUCACUUGUCCUAGAAGCUCCGUGGUGCCAACACCUGGAGAUCUUACAGUCGUGGCUUUUUUUCCUUUGAUCUUGGCGGGCAGCGCGGCAAGGUCCAACGCCAAAGGGUUAAGCCUUUGUUUUAAACCAUCGAAAUAGUAUUUCGAAUAUGACUGCCAACCUGGGCAUCUGAAAUGAUGGAAGCAAUAAAACUGGGUACGUUGUAUUGUCUGUUGGUGGUAGUCGUUGGCAGUAUUGUACAUGGCAGAUUGUUCCUUUUAUCAGUAUUUUUGUACAGAUUUCGUUUCAAUUCGAAGAAACACGAGGGUGGAAUUCUUAAGACAGUAGACAUUUAUUUUAUUACAAGGGGGUGGGGGGGAAUGGUGUCAUCCCAAUGUGCCACACUAGACUGAUCAAAGCAAAGUGAUUUAUGGAGGUCAAAAAUACAUUCACGGUUCCUUCAAAAUCUGUGAAA